GUCAGUUACAGGCGACGCGGCAGCAUUAGUGUGGUGUGGUGACUUAAAAAACAUCCAGCAUUUUUUGAGGAAAAAAGGAUGAAUUGUAAAUAGGAAGACUUAUUGUAAACAGCGUGUGUUUGGAUAGUUUGGGCUUGUAACGAUAUAUUUAAGACACAGUGUUUAUGAGAACCAGAGCACCGUUGAUUGAGUUUUUAAGGUAACGUUAGGCUAACAGUAGCAUGCUAACACUACAAAUAAGUUAGAUAAAGACUUGUAAUUUCAAGAUAUUGCACACAGGGGACGAAUACCAACAGUUAUGUCUGCGGAAGGCAUCGAAAAGUCCGCCGAUGAGGGCAUGGGCUCGUCGGGCAGUGCUGGAACUCCAGGUACUCGUUUCGACUUGGACAAGGAGACAGAACUACGUUUUGAGGUGGAAGCAGGAGAACGGGUCCAGCUUGAAUUGUUAUCCGGUAUGGCAGAGGUGUUCGGGUCCGAGCUGAACAAGAAUAAGAGAUAUACUUUCGGACCGGGCUCUAAGAUCGCUGUGUUCACGUGGCAUGGCUGCAGCGUGUCGCUUUCAGGCAAAACAGAGGUCGCUUAUGUCUCCAAAGAUACACCUAUGCUGCUUUACCUUAACACCCAUGCAGCCUUGGAGCAGAUGAGACGUCAAGCUGAGAAAGAUCACGAGAGAGGUCCACGGGUAAUGGUUGUUGGACCAACUGAUGUGGGAAAGUCAACAGUGUGUCGGGUGUUGCUGAACUACGCUGUGCGUCUGGGAAGAAGACCGACGCUGGUUGAACUGGAUGUUGGCCAAAGCGGCGUGUCUGUACCUGGAACAAUGUCAGCUCUGUGUAUUGAACGUCCGGCUGAUGUAGAAGAAGGUUUUUCUGUCCAGGCUCCGCUUGUCUUUCACUUUGGAUCCACGACACCAGGAACCAACAUUAAACUUUAUAACAAGCUGACUUCAUGCCUCGCGGAAGUGUUUUCCCAACGCUGUGAAGUAAACCGGAAAGCGAGUGUGGGUGGCUGUAUCAUCAACACCUGCGGCUGGGUCAAGGGUUCGGGCUACCAGGCUCUGGUCCACUGUGCUUCGGCCUUUCAGGUGGAUGUGGUCUUGGUACUGGACCAGGAACGUCUUUACAACGAGCUCAAACGUGACCUGCCGCACUUCGUACGCGUGGUCCUUCUCCCGAAGUCCGGUGGCGUGGUGGAGCGCUCCAAGGACUGCCGACGAGAGACGCGGGACGAAAAGAUCCGGGAAUACUUCUACGGAUUCCGUGGAACUUUCUUUUACCCUCACGCCUUUGACGUGCGCUUUUCAGACGUGCGCAUCUACAAGAUCGGCGCGCCCUCUAUCCCGGACUCUUGUCUGCCGCUGGGCAUGUCCCAGGAUGACACCCAGCUCAAACUGGUGCCGGUCAGCCCAGGACGAGAUCUGACCCACCACGUUCUUAGCGUCAGUUCUGUGGACGAUGAGGUGGAGCCGGGGUCCGGUCAGAACCGAGGGAUUCUAGAGAGUCCGGUGUGUGGUUUUAUAGUUGUGACAGCAGUGGACACGCAAGCUCAGGUGAUGACCGUGCUUUCACCGGCGCCCAGACCGCUGCCACGACACACUUUACUCAUCAUGGACAUUCGUUUCAUUGAUCUCAAGUAGAUUAAUUUAAUUAUAUAGGGAUUGUAUGCAAGACAUUUGUGAGUCCGGUGGACAUCUCCGUUUUGUAAGAUUUAGUACUAACAACUGCAUAUUUUAAAUUCUGUACAUUUAUAAAAGGUACUGUAUUAUUAUUAUUUUAAAAAAUAAAUUCAAUUGCUUUUCCAUCUGCCCCUUCUGAAAAAUAAAACCAUCCCAAUAAACAUUUGGAUC